GCCACUCAAACGUUAGGGUCUUGUACGCAGUUUAGCACAUGCGAAAACAUUACGGGAAAGUAGAAAUUUUAUGCGUUUUUUCUCUCAAAAUUUUCCGUUUUUUAUAACUAUUAAAAGUUUUUWAAAAAAAUCAACCUAAUGGGGGCAAGUUCAUCAACACUAACUUCAUCAGAAAACCAACAAACUCCAGAAACACCCAGCCCUCCAUCCAGUGCCACUCAGACGCAAACUUCUGGGUGUCCAGUGCAGCAUGGGGGGAACCAGCAGCUGGGAGAGUGGAAGAGUGAGUGCCCAGCUAGUGCUGCCACUGCCUCCAUGGGAGGAGGAUGUCCCAUGAAGAAAACAGACGAUAUUGAUCCACUAAACAUGAUGCCACCAGCCAAUCAGCAGCCUUCCCCAGGACAGCCAUAUCCACUGCCGACAGACAGAGUAGUGUCAUCCAUACCAAAGGGGAACUCUGAUGGAGAAAAAUGGGUUUAUCCAUCACCACAAAUGUUUUGGAAUGCAAUGGUUAGAAAGGGAUGGAAAUGGGAAAAAGAUGACUUAAAACCUAAUGACAUGGAUCACAUAAUCAGAAUACACAAUGCUAACAAUGAAAGAGCAUGGGAUGAGAUACUCAGAUGGGAAGCACUUCAUGUCAAAGAGUGUGGCAACCCAAAGCUACUUAGUUUUAGAGGUAAAGCUAAAGAAUUUAGUCCAAGAGCAAGAAUCAGAAGCUGGUUAGGGUAUGAGCUUCCCUUUGAUCGGCAUGACUGGAUAAUUGAUCGUUGUGGAAAACAAGUACGAUAUAUUAUUGAUUACUAUGACAUUGGUGAUGAAGAAUCUUACAAGCAGGGAGAAUUUGUGCAUCUUGAUGUGCGACCAGCAUUUGAUUCUCCUAGUGCAAUUCUGGAUAGAAUGAGAGUUGCUGUUCUAAGAUGGUCUAUGUAUUUCAGUAGCUCAAAAACUGAAUCCGGUGAAAAUUCACCGUCAGAUAAAACUGUGAAAUCUGAUUGAACAUUAUUUUUUAUCAAGUGAGAAAACUUGUUGCAGGUUUUUAUCUUUGCUGCUUGGUUCUUCCGUUGAUAUGGAUACUUCGCUGAUGAAUGGUAAAGAAAGAACGAGAAGCCAUUAAAAUCUCAUGGCAUGCUGAACUACCAUGUACUUGCUGUCCAUCAGCUUUAUGCAUUCUCAGAUGCAAAAACGUAUCUAUUAGAGGAAUUUAAUUUCAAGAAAAAAAUUGCCCAUAUUCUCGAUCUCUUAAGAUACAAUUUUUCUUUGCAGGUAUUUGUUAAGUUUUUUUAUUAUGCUAUGUCUUUUAGGCUUUUCACCCUAUUUGCUAUAGAGCACUUUUUCAGGUACAAAAUGUAAUUCAACUCCAAUAACUUAAUAAAUUAAUAAAUUAUCCCUUUAUUGUUAAAAAAGACUAUAAAUUUUAAAGAAAUUCAUCCAAUCUGUUUUCAAAAUAACUUAUAAAAUAUUAUUUAAUACGUCAAAAGUUUAUAAAUUAGUAUAUUAUUAAUACUUUUUGCUUGUAUGUCUUUAUUUUUAAAAUAACAUUUAAGUUUACACCUAUUGUUGUUUUGCCAUUGACAGUAUUUUAUAUGACUGUGAAAAUUUCACUGUACAGACAUGGCUGCAGGUGGUCAAGUCUUUUACAGUUCCUGAUUUCGAUAAGAUUUUUUCACUGUAUUCUCAUCCACUUUUACAUCUCUGAAAUAAAUAAAAGAGUGAUACUUGAGUA